AUGUAUCCGAGAUGCAAGCCAUUGGACUGGGUGAGGUCAAGCCGGGUCUUUUCUUCUACCCCUACCAAGUUUGCCCGUCCAGCCUCGAGCGUGUACACGACACCAGCUACACUAUCCAGAAAUAGUUCGAGACGCCAUACAGGGCUAUACGUGUUUGGUCUCUCAGCGAUUGGUGUUAUCGGCACUCUUACUUUCUAUGGCCGCCCCAUGGAACUGGGACAGCUAUCGACACAGUCGCUCGCAAACACGCCUAAGAUUGAACAUGAUGUUUCCAUGAAGAAUAUACAGGCUGCAUGUGAAGAGUUUGAGGCGAUACUGGGAGCUGAAAACAUAUCAACAGACCGAACGGACCUCGUCACCCAUUCUGGAUCAGAUUAUCAGUCAUACCCUUGGACCGAAGGCACUGCCGUCUGUUCCCACGUCAUCCUCUACCCUGAGACAACUGAGGAGGUCUCAGAAUUGAUGAAAGUAUGCUUUAGACGUCGACUACCAGUUACGCCAUACUCAGGCGGAACCUCGAUUGAGGGCCAAUACAUUCCUCAUUUCCAGGGCAUCUGUGUCGACUUUGGUCGAAUGGAUCGCAUUGUGGAACUUAAUACUUUUGACCUCGACUGCGUGGUGCAGCCUGGAAUCGGCUGGAUGGAUUUGAAUGAGGAGCUUGCGUCUCAUGGACUCUUCUUCCCCCCAGAUCCAGGCCCUGGUGCAAUGAUCGGGGGCAUGGUUGGGACAGGGUGCUCUGGAACUAAUGCGGCGGCAUAUGGCACCAUGAAAGAUUGGGUAUUGUCGCUAACAGUGGUGCUCGCCGAUGGAACCAUCAUAAAGACUCGCCAAAGAGCAAGAAAGUCGAGUGCGGGCUAUGAUCUGACAAGGACCUUCAUCGGAAGCGAGGGAACCCUUGGCCUUAUUACAGAAGCAACACUGAAAUUAGCAGUCAAGCCUCCCUGUGAAGCCGUGGCUGUGUGUACAUUUCCCACUCUACGCGAUGCGGCAUCUGCAGUGAGGGAAGUACUAUCUCAGGGCAUUCAAGUCGCUGCUGUUGAGAUCCUGGAUGAAGUACAGAUGAGAAGCAUCAACGAGUCUGCUUUGACUAGACUUAAGUGGAAGGAGGAGCCUACUCUCUUCUUCAAAUUCACUGGUAGUGAUGAGUUCAUCGUGCAACAUCUUGCCAAACAGGUUGGGCAUAUUACGAAACGCAAUCGCAGUACGGCGUACACCUUUGCUUCCGAUGAGAAAGAGCGAGAAGAGCUAUGGUCUGCAAGGAAGAAUGCGCUUUGGAGCAUGCUUGCGAUGAGAAAGUCGCCUACCGACAAAGUUUGGACAACUGAUGUUGCUGUUCCUUUGAGUAGACUACCAGAUAUCAUCGAGUUUGCCAAAGAUGAUAUCGAAAAGUCAGGAUUACUCGGCUCCGUCGUCGGUCACGUAGGGGACGGCAACUUUCACACCCUGUUGUUGUUCCCUGAGGAUAAACGGCAUGUUGCUGAGGAUAUUGUGCAUAGAAUGGUUGACAAGGCGAUCGAGAUGAAUGGUACAGCGACGGGUGAGCAUGGUGUUGGACUGGUCAAGAGAGAUUACCUGGAGAAGGAACUUGGCAAGGGAGCUGUUGACACAAUGCGAGCGAUGAAGAACGCGUUUGAUCCAAAGUGCUUGUUAAAUUGCGAUAAGGUAAUCCGCAUGCAAGCAGCGUGA